AUGGCGGACCAGGAAUAUCCCGAAGCCGUACUCGUUACCGAGGCUGGGCCGCAGUGGCUCCGAGUCGAGGUGGAGCGACUCACCCGGGAGCUGAGAGAAACAACGCAGGAAAAGAUUCAGGCGGCGGAAUAUGGACUGGCGGUUCUGGAGGAGAAACAACAGCUCAAGCAACGAUUUGAUGAGUUGGAGACCGAGUAUGAGGCGGUCCGACAGGAGCUUGAUCAGCUCAAAGAGGCCUUCGGGCAAGCACACUCGGCCCACAGGAAGGUGGCAGCAGAUGGAGAGAGCAGGGAGGAAUCGUUGAUCCUGGAGUCGGCCAGUAAGGAGGCGCAGUACCAGCAGAAGGUCCUGGAGCUGCAGAAUGACCUUCGCCAGGCCAAAGUCUCAAUCGCCAGUGUGCAAGCUGAGAAUGAGCGCCUGUCGCAUAUCACUUUGGAAAUGAGAGAGACUUCUGAUCAGGUGGAGCUACAGCGAAGUCAGCUUCGGGAUGACAUUCGAGAGUAUAAGGUGCGGGAGGCCCGGCUGCUGCAGGACUACAGUGAACUGGAAGAUGAGAACAUCUCUCUCCAGAAACAAGUGUCUGCACUGAGACAGAACCAGGUAGAAUUUGAAGGCCUCAAAUACGAGAUCCGCCGUCUGGAGGAGGACUCCCAGUGCCUAAACAGUCAGCUAGAAGAUGCCAUGCGGCUGAGGGAGAUUGCUGAGCGCCAGCUAACUGAGGCCUUAGAGACUAUUAAAACGGAGCGUGAACAAAAGGCCACACUGCGCAAGGAGCUCUCCCAUUAUGUGACAAUCGGUGGUUCUGUUUACAAUGGCUCGUUCAAUAUCUCCUUCGACAACCUGAAACUUCAUGAUGAUUCCUCCGCAAUCUCUGAUCUGGACAAUGAUGACCUAAUCCGAGGCUUUGAGAAUGGCUUGAUCAAAGCAGGAGAAGCUGACAAAGACAACGACUCAACGGCGGGCCAGAGAGGAGACUCCUUCAAGCCUGCUCCGAGCCUGGUGGACGACCUGUUGAGUGAGCUCAACAUUUCAGAGAUUCAGAAACUGAAACAACAGCUUGGGCAGGUGGAAAGGGAGAAAAUGGCCCUCAUCAACACUCUUCAGGAGAACCAGAAGCAGCUUGAACAAGCCUAUGGCACUGUUUCCGAGCAAAAAGAAACCGUCAACAGACUCACUGAAAAUCUUAGUGCCAUGAGGAAACUUCAGGCCAGCAAAGAGCGUCAGUCUGCCCUCGACGGUGAAAAAGAUCGCGACAGCCACGAAGAUGGAGAUUACUAUGAGUUGGACAUCAACGGACCUGAGAUUCUGAAGUGUAAAUACACUGUGGCCGUGUCCGAAGCUGGUGAGCUGAGGCAGGAGCUUAAGACGCUAAGGGCACAGUAUGAGAUUUGUCGAACCCAAUACGAAGAAGAACGAGCACGAUUAGAGAGUGACCUUCAUGAGCUUAGAUCAAGGUUGGCCUCCGUGGAGAAGAUCAGCCAAGCAGAUAAAAUAGAGAUGGCCCGUCUGGAGAAGGAGCUCCGUCUGGUUAGCGAGACUGCAGGAGAAUCACUUGGGAGCCUCAAUGUAGCCCAAGAUGAACUCAUAGCGUUCAGUGAGGAACUGGCAAAUCUGUACAACCACGUUUGCAUGUGCAACAAUGAGACCCCCAACCGUGUCAUGUUGGACUACUACAAGGAGGGAAAAGCAUUGGUGAGGCGAGGACAAGAAGCAAAGGCACGCCCCUCUUCUAUUCUUCUCACAAACGGACUCAUACCGGAAACGGACCCUAAAAAGUCAGACUCUGUUGAGACCGCUGUCGUCUCCGCCCCGGAGACUCGCCCAGAGCCCAUGAACAUCUAUAACCUGGUCGCCAUCAUCCGAGACCAGAUACGCCACCUGCAGCAGGCGGUGGACCGUACCACGGAGCUGUCCCGCCAAAGGCUGGCCAACCUGGAGCUGAGCAACGUGGCAGAUAAGGAUAAGGAGGCUUGUAUGGAGGAGAUCCUUAAACUGAAAUCUCUACUCAGCACUAAGAGAGAACAGAUCGCUACGCUCAGAGCUGUGCUCAAAGCCAACAAACAGACAGCUGAGGUUGCACUGGCGAAUCUGAAGAGCAAAUACGACAGUGAGAAGGCCAUGGUGACUGAGACCAUGAUGAAGCUCCGCAAUGAACUUAAGGCUUUAAAAGAAGAUGCUGCAACCUUCUCUUCACUCAGAGCCAUGUUCGCGUCAAGAUGUGACGAGUAUGUGACCCAGCUGGACGACAUGCAGAGACAAUUGGCGGCAGCGGAGGACGAGAAGAAGACAUUGAACUCCUUGUUACGGAUGGCCAUCCAGCAGAAACUGGCCCUCACUCAGCGUCUGGAGGACCUGGAAUUUGAUCAUGAGCAGGCACGCCGCAACACUGCGACAUUAGCAGCGGGAAAGGGCAAGACUAAGGGCAAGGGAGCCCCGUCCGGUCAUCAUGACUCCGCGUGA